AUGUCAACAUUAGAUAAUAGCAAUGAUACGGUAUUAUUUGACAUGCGAUAUCAGAAUACCGAUUUCGAAUCUUCAAAUCGACUACCAACAGAAGUUGUUGAAAUAGUAAUAUAUUUAUUAUGCCUUUGUAUUGGUGGACCAUUGAAUUUAAUUUGCUUUGGACGAUCACUUCGAUUGUAUGUGAACGAUCGAAAGCAACGAAAUCAAAUACUUUUGCUUAGGCUGCAUUUGAAUAUUGCUGAUUUAUUAACUAUUUUCAUCUACACACUGUCACAAAUUAUUUGGAUGACAACAUUUCAAUGGUAUGGCGGUGAUGCUUUAUGUCGUAUAUGCAAAUUUUUUCACACAUUCAAUUUUUAUUUAAAUUCAUUUGUUAUUGCAGUAAUAGCGAUUGAUCGAGCACAAGGAGCGUAUCGAAUAAACAAUAUAGAAGCAUCAAAAUUAGCGUUUCGUUGGGUAAAACAUAUGCUUAUAACGUCUUAUAUGGCUGCGACCAUUUUCUCAGUACCACAAAUAUUUAUAUUCCGUGUAUAUCAACCAAAUGAAAAUAUCGAAUUUCGGCAGUGUACGCCAAUAUGGACAAUUCAUGCUUACAAAUACGAUAUCCAAAUGCAAUUAGCUAAAACGGAUCAAGAAAAAAAUCUAUUAACAGCUGAUUUUUAUCAGGUUCUUCGAUUAGAAAAAAUAUAUAAUAUAACGCAUUUAUUGUUUGUUUUUUGGAUACCAACCACAAUUGUUGCACUUUCUUAUAUGUUUGUCAUUUGUAAAUUUAAUUCAAUGAGACGACGAAAUCGACGAGCCAAUCGGCCAUCAUGCAUUACUUAUAUUAUUUCACGUGUAUCAGGAAACAAGCAAUACGGACACUUAAGUGCUGAUUCACGAAUAGCAAUGACGGCGAUAACAUCAACGUCGGAUGAUGCACACACUGUUUUUGUGGAAAAUAAUUCUCCUACUGUUACGCUAGAAUCAGCUGCCACUAUUGGUCCAUUAGCCUUACAAACUUUAAGUAGAGCUUCCAAG